CCUCUCAUAAAUAUAACCUGAGAUAACUUUAUUUUUCAUAUAUUCCUUAAACAUAGAACAAAAUAUGCAGCAUAUUUUGUCCUAGUAUAUGGAAAAAGCUUAGGCUAUAUCUAUAUAAAGCCACUCUUAUUCUCACUCUUCCUCACAUUCACGUGCCUAGAGAUAAGUUGAGAGAGCAUGAGAGGCUUGAAAAUCAUGUCUUGGUUUUACACGAUAUUCUUUCUCAGUUUCACCAUUUGUAGUCUUGAGGCUAGAAGUAACAAGAAGCUUCAUUCUGCUGUUGUUGUUGGCAGUGUCUACUGUGAUACAUGUUUCCAGGAGGAUUUCUCUAAGUCUAGUCACUUCAUUUCAGGUGCAUCUGUCGCUGUAGAAUGCAAAGAUGAGACUUCAAAACCGAGUUUUCGACAAGAAGUGAAGACAGAUGAGCAUGGAGAAUUCAAGGUUCAUCUACCAUUCUCAGUUAGCAAACAUGUCCGGAGAAUCAAGAGCUGUUCAGUGAAACUGAUCAGCAGUAGUGAGCCGUAUUGUGCUGUGGCCUCAUCACCAACUUCGUCUUCACUCCGGCUCAAGUCAAGAAACGAAGGAACUCACAUAUUCUCAGCAGGAUUUUUCUCCUUCAAGCCACUAAAACAGACAAAUCUAUGCUACCAGAAACCAAGCCUGGAAAAUUCAGAAAAAUUUAACGGCAAAAAAGCCUCUUUUCCUCCAACUGAUGAAAAUACACCAUUUCCACCUCCAAUUCAAGACCCAACAAUGCCUGGUCUUCCUCCGUUAGACCCAUCCCAUCUUCCUCCACUUCCUUUGCUACCAAGACUACCGCCAUUGCCACAACUUCCUCCUCUUCCACGUCUUCCAGGACUUCCAUACCUUCCACCAUUAGCAGGGAAAAAAAAAACUACAGAAAAAAACCCUGAAGAACUAUCCAAGGAAACUCACACUCAACUAUCAGAAUCACAACAAAAGGAGGUAGAUCACCCUGAUACUUUCCUUCCUCCAUUGCCACCAAACCAAUUUUUGCCACUUCCAAUUCUACCACCAAAUCCAUUUCAGCUACCUCCACUCCCUUUUCUGCCACCGCCACUUUUGCCUCCAAAUUCUAUAGUCCCUCCUCCUUCUCCAAUUAUUCCAUUGCCGCCAGUUCCAGGACUAACUCCACCAUCGCCACCUUCAUUUCCAAUUCCUCUGCCUCCGGUCCUACCUUCACCACCGCCUCGUAUCCCAGGAAUUCCUCCCGCUUCUUCUUCACCUUGACCCAAUUCUAUAUCCAUAUAUCCAUCUAAUUUCUGCAAUAGUACCUUUCACAUUCCCUUUUCAUUAUUGGUAGUGAAUUAUGAUAUAACUAUGGCAGUGAUGAGAUUGUCAGUAUAACGAGCUUGAUGUUUUUGGAGUUAUGUAAUGUGCCUGUCGUCAAUAAAAAUUUAGGACAAAAGAAAUUAUUGUACUUACUAUUUAGAAUAAAGCUAUGUUUCUAGUCAUGCGUGUGACAGGCCUUACUCUGUAAAUUUUUAUUGUUAAUGUAAUUUGAAUAUGCGUUGUUACUUUUCAUGGAA